AACGACUCCAACCUCGUCGUCACGUCUGUUCAACCCCUAAAGACUCUUCAGCAUUCGAGCUUCGUACCGUCACAAUGUUGUAUCUUCUCUUCGUAAUAACUGUCAUCACCAUUGGCACGUUCUUGUUCGGUUACCAUAUGGGGGCGUUGAACGCGCCUCAGGCUGAUAUAUGCUGCCUAACGUCGAUUCCUAUCGGUGCCAAAGCCUUCUACGAUCUGCCUUUGUGUAUUCCUAUGUCUACGACAGAGUUUGCGGUUGUUACCUCCAUCUUCACGAUUGGUGGUUUGUUCGGCUCUCUUGCUGCCAGCAAGCCAGCUCAGGAGUAUGGACGAAAGGGUGCAAUGCUCUGGAGCACAAUUGGCGCAAUCCUUGGUCCGAUCCUUAUGGCUUCCGCUUCGUCGAUGCCCAUGCUGGCUGCUGGACGUUUGGUUGCUGGAUUCAGUAGCGGGAUGUCGGUUGUCUUAACUCCGUUGUUCAUCUCAGAGAUCGCGCCGAAGGAGCUUCGUGGGAGUCUUGGAUGUCUCACACAGCUGUCUAUCGUCUUUGGCACUUUGGUGAGCCAAUUGUUGGGGUUGCGGUUGUCGAAGUCUCCCUAUUGGAGGAUCAUCUUGGGUUUGGCAGCCUUUCUGGGCUUGAUUCAGCUUGUGUUGCUGUUCUUCGUCAUUGAGUCCCCUAAUUGGCUCGUUAACCACAAGAACGAUGUCAAGCAGGCUAAACAUACGCUGCGCAAGCUUCGUGGGCACGACAAUAUCGAAGCGGAAUUGACGGAGAUGGGUGUGUCUGCCGGGCAGGUCCUUGACGAAGAAGAACGUGCCCUUUUGGGUAGCGAGAAUGACAACGCCAGUCCUAGCUCCACUCAGGAAGCACCCGCAUCUACACGCUCUUUCUUGUUUGAUCCUAAGUACCAUCAGGUUCUAAAGGCCACCUUCAUUCUCCUCGUUGGACAGCAGUUCCUGGGUGCGACGGCGAUGGUCUUCUUUUCUACCUCGAUCAUGGCUUCUAGCUUCCCUUCUCAAGCGGCCUCCAUCAGUGUGUACAUCGGCAUCGUCAACCUCGUCGUGACGGCGAUUGCCAGUCAACUCAUCGACCGCACCGGCAGAAAGUUCUUGCUCAACCUUUCUGUGACCGGUAUGGCUUUGUCGACCGCCGGUCUUUCCGUUUCCCUCUUUUUGCACUGGCCAACUAUCUCUGCUGUGUGCUGCGUGGUGUUUAUCGCCGCAUUCGCUGUCGGAGCUGGACCGAUUCCAUUCCUCAUGGUAUCCGAGCUCUCCCCUUCCGAGGUUGCGGGAAUCGCUCAAAGUCUUGGGCUGGCUGGGAACUGGUUGGGUGCGUUCCUUGUUGGAACCUUCUUUCCAACGUUCAAGGAUCUGUUGGGAUCGUGGGUAUUCUUGAUCUUUACUGCAGCGGCUCUGGCGGGUUUGAUAGGUCUCAGGGCGUACGUGCCCGAGACGAAGGAUAAGUCUAUCGAGGAAGUUUGGGAGACACGACGCGAGCGGAUUGAGUGAUGUUACCGGUUACCUGAGCCUUGAAACUAUAUCUGGAUACUCCCUAAUCACAAUUUUCUAAUACUGCU